CAACAAACGAUGGAAAAGAGUAAAAUCUAUUCUGAGCAGGAGCUAUAUAUGGCGCGCGCAGAACAAACUCAUCGGCGUUUAGCGUCGCGACGCCGAUCGCCGGGAAAACGAGACAACUUAUUUAAGAACGUACUCGAGAUUUUCCUCUCAGUCGCGGGUGUUAAUUGGAGAAUCUAACAUCGUUGACAAAAAUGGCGGAUAAAGAAAAGAAGGUUAAGAAGAAGAAGAAGGAAGAAGCAGAAGCUGCACCAGCCCCCGCACCCGCUGCCGCCGAAACCAGGUCGUCCUCAAAAAGUUCCUCGAAGAAAGCAAAGAGGUCCGGUUCCAAUGUCUUUUCCAUGUUCUCCCAGGCUCAAGUAGCCGAAUUCAAGGAAGCUUUCCAGCUAAUGGACCACGACAAAGAUGGUAUUAUUUCGAAGAGUGACUUGAGAGCCACUUGCGAUGCCGUCGGUAAAUUAGCGAGUGAAAAAGAACUAGACGAGAUGAUCAACGAAGCAUCUGGACCAAUCAACUUCACUCAAUUACUGGGUUUGUUUGGUACCCGUAUGGCCGAUUCCGGUGGUACUGACGACGACGAAGUUGUCAUUAAAGCCUUCAAAUCGUUCGACGAGAAUGGUACCAUCGACGGCGAUCGAUUCCGUCACGCCCUUAUGACCUGGGGAGACAAAUUCACCGCCAAAGAAUGCGACGACGCCUUCGACGCUAUGGAUAUCGAUGAUAACAACAGAAUCGACACCCAAGCUCUCAUUACCCUCCUUACAGCAGCAGAAAAGGAAGGAGAAGAAGAAGGCGAAGCAGCAUAGACACCAAAAAAUACCAACAAUAACAACUAAGGAGUAUUAGAAACAUAAUCGAAUAGAUAAACCAUCAAGAUCUAUCCAAGUGUGGUGUGUUUGUAAAAUUUAUUCCAAACAUAAUGUGAACAUACGAGAUUUAAGUGUGUACUUUUAUGUAUAUUUUAUUAUGUAUUUAAGUUGAUUUUAUUUAGUCGCCUUAACACCGCGCGGCUCUGAAAAAUAUAUUAUUUUUUGUUUCAUA